GCAACAAUGCUGUCACUGGUGCUCAGAACCUGACUCUCAGGCAAUCGAUCAUGCCUGUCUGUCUCGUCACAAUUCUGUUCUUUUUGUGGGGAUUUGCAUAUGGACUUCUCGACGUCCUCAACGCCCACUUCCAAGUUGCUCUUGGAAUCACCAAAGGACAGUCUGGAGGUCUACAAGCUGCGUAUUUUGGAGCCUACGGGAUCGGCCCAUUGACAUACUCUGGUUGGAUUGUCAGAAGAUUUGGUUAUCGUUGGGCAUUUAUCACUGGACUUUGCAUUUAUGGCGUUGGAGCCCUUAUGUUCUGGCCCUCCGGACUUAAGCGCAGCUUCGGCGGCUUCUGCGGUUCCAUGUUCAUCGUCGGUUCUGGUCUUUCCACUCUCGAGACUGCUGCCAACCCUUUCAUUGCCACCUGUGGUCCUGCAAAGUACUCUGAGCUGCGUCUGACUUUGGCACAAGCUUUCCAGGCUGUCGGCACUGUUGUUGCACCUGUAUUGGCCAGUCAAGUCAUCUUCAAGAACGUUGAUGAUACUUCCCUCGAGUCAGUCCAAUGGGUCUACUUGGGCAUUGCCAUCUUCGUCUUUAUUCUUGCAGUCGUCUUCUUCUUCGCUCCUAUCCCUGAGGUUACCGAUGCCGAUAUGGCCGCUCAGGCAGCAUCCAGUGGCACUCAGACCGACUUCGAGGACAAGCCUCUUUCGAAGCAAUACACUCUCUUCUUCGGUGUCGCUGCCCAGUUCUGCUAUGUUGGUGCUCAAUGUGCGUAUGCAGGCUACUUCAUCAACUACGUCUCUGCCGUCCGCCCUGGUACCACUCACGCUACGGGUGCAAACCUUCUCGCAGUCGCUCAAGGAUGUUUCGCCAUUGGCCGUUUCAUCGCCAGUGGUCUGCUCAAGAUCACAAAGCCUCGUCUGGUCAUCAUGGGUUUCCUCUCCGGUGUCGUUGUCUUUGCAUGCCUGACCAUGGGUCUUAAGGGCAACGCCGGUAUCGCCGCCAUCUCAUUGGUCCUCUUCUUCGAGUCUUGCGUAUUCCCUCUCAUCUUCGCCUUGUCAAUCAGAGGUCUUGGUCGUCACUCCAAGCGUGGUGCCAGUUUCAUCGUUGCUGCCGUCUCUGGUGGUGCUUUGUUCCCUCCUGUCCUCGGCACGGUCGCCGAUCACAUUGGUACCCAGAAGGCAUUCUUCAUUCCCCUGAUCGGCUUCGUCAUCGCAUGGUGUUUCCCUCUUUACCUCAAUCUGUUCAAGGCUAAGAGCUUGGACGGCUGGACUGAGGAGAAGGCCCCUACUGUCGCUACUGAGAAGGAUGUCGAGAGCUUGCACGAGGAUGACGAGAAGAAGGGUACUGCUGUUGAGCACCAAGAGGUUAGAGCAUAAAUGUUGAUUAUGACGCAAGAUGUUUCCACCACCUAGUCACUAGAUGUAUAUACGAUGUGCUCCUGAAUCUACGAAGCAAUAGAAUU